AUGUCUGCAUCCAAAGCACCAGCUGUCAACACUCAAGACCUUAUAAAUAGGAUCUUGCAGCUUGAACAGAUUACCAAGAGGCUUGGAGAGCAGAACUGUGAAUUGAAAGAUUAUAAUGAGCAGCUUGAGGCCCAGGUCAUGGCCAUCCUAUUUACUGGACAACAGAAAAACAAAGAUAAAGCUAAACUGCACAUCUACAUGGAUAUGAAAGACAAAGAACUCAGUAAUGAUAAGAAUAAGAUAAUAAUGGCAGCAUCAUAUCUUUGUGAAGUAGCAUUUGAUUGGUUUGAUGUCUACCUGCAGAAUUAUUACAAAAAAGAUGAAGUCAAUCAGAAUAACAACAUGAUUAAGAUUAUUGAUAGUUACAACAUCUUUAUUUGGAUGUUGAAAACCACUUUCAGAAAAGUUGAGGAAUGA